CAGGACGGUGCCUUCAUAGAAGUCCCCUUGUCGCUGCGAAGUCACCUCGUCCUCUCGUCGCUCUCUUGCGGCCUCUAAGGAUGUCUACUUCGACCCCCCCACCCAUCGAUACGCCGGGUAGCGUUCAACGUCAGCCCCGCACACUCAUUCUUUGCUUUGAUGGGACUUCAAACCAGUUUGACGGCGAAAACACCAAUGUUGUCCGGCUUUACUCCCUGCUCAAGAAGGACGACGACCUCGGACAGCAACUAUGCUACUAUCAGCCUGGUAUAGGGACAUAUUUCAAUCCUGGUGUAGUGUCUCCCAUCUUCCAGUGGUGCGCAAAGAUUCUAGAUGAGGCCUUCGCAUGGUACCUCGACGAGCACGUUCGUGAGGGCUACACGUUCCUCAUGCAGAACUACAACCCAGGCGAUAAGAUUUGCAUUUUUGGCUUCUCGCGGGGUGCGUACACCGCACGGGCGUUGGCAGGCAUGCUGCAUAAGAUCGGACUGCUCCCCAAAGACAAUCCUGAGCAGCUUCCCUUCGCGUACAAUCUCUACAAGAGCACCGACGCGGACAAUGUCGCUCUUGCUGCUGGCUUCAAGGAAACGUUCUGCAGAAAGGUUCAGAUCGAGUUCGUUGGCGUUUGGGAGACGGUGACAAGUGUGGGUGUAAUCAUGAGCCGCAGUCUCCCGUUUACCGCGGCGAACACGACUAUCAAGACCUUCCGACAGGCUCUCUCUUUGGACGAACAUCGCGUCAAGUUCCAGCCCAAUCUGUAUCACUGGGGUACUCCCAAUGACACUGGUGCUUCUGCACGCGUCGAAGAGAAGACGUCAAAACGCCCCAACACGUCUAUGAAGAGGCAGCGCUCUUUAGGAUCCUUCCUUAGACGAUGGCCGUCGAAACAGCGCAAGAACCUCACGAGCGCAUCCCUGCCUAAGGUCCGACAGACCGUCGACCUCGAGGCGGCGGCAGUGACCAUAACUGACACAUCCGGCCCUUCCGAUCUGAGCGCGUCCACAUCGAGCGCGUCUUCCGGUGCAAAUGGAGGAACCGACGUGCUCGAAGUCUGGUUCGCCGGAUGCCACAGCGACGUCGGCGGAGGUGCUGUGAGCAACUCGACGAAGCUCAGCCUAUCGGAUGUGACUCUCCGCUGGAUGGUUCGCGAGCUUGUUCUGGCCCAGUGCGGUGUUCAGUUUGACCAGGCUGCCCUCAAGCGCGCCAAUAUCCCCCAGUCCAUCUUCCAAGGCGAGGGCAUGGUCCUUCCCCGUGGCGCUACCCUUCACGCAUCUCCGCGCGAUGGCGCUAUUCCUCUGACAGAGCGGAAGACGGAUCCCGUCGAGGACGUGAACGUGCCCGGACAGCUCGACCCAUCGAACCCAGACCCGAGCAAUGAUGAGAAUCCUGGGCAGCAAGCCCCAAGCGGCCCCUCUGAGGGAGACGGAGGAGACCCGCUUGGCGUUGACGUCGACGCUCUGCAACCGUUGCACGACCAGCUGACAGCGGAUCCCGCGUGGUGGCUGCUCGAAAUUAUUCCGUUGCCGUACACGAUCACCGACGCCACGGGGAAGACAUCGACCAAGUGGUGGAUACACCUCGGGCGGGGCAGAACGCUGCCUGAUAACCCCAAGUUCCACAUCACCGUCAAGGAGCGCAUGGAAGACGCAGACCUCAAGUAUAAGCCCCGUGCUGUCUGGACUGCAGGGACGGAGACCUAUGUGCAAUAGCGGGAUUCGAUGCCCUUUCGCUGGCGCUCCCGCUGUACCCCUCAGGAACAUCUGUCAUCAAGUCCAUCCCACCGCGUAGUAUACCUAUAACUUGUAGUUCAUCAGACUCAGGACGAUACCCUUUGACCGUGAUGCUAAUCCUAGUAUCCGCCUAAUUACUCUUACGAACCUCACGACUCUCUCUUACGAUUGUAAUGAGUAUAACACGAAUCACGAUACUUGUGUCUCAC